AUGGUAAUGGCAACAGUCGCCAUCGAGCACAUUGCCCCGGCUACCAUCAAUUUUGAUCGUAGCUACCAUCACGUCCUCAAGACGAGUCAUUAUGGCGACCAUGAAACCUUCAAACAUGGCGUGAUCAGCCCCAAGCAGAUGAUCGGCGAUGCUCUCCGCCGUCGCGUUGAAAGCAUUGACCCCGAGUUGUGCGGCCCGGGCGAAGAAGAUACCUUCUUCGUCGCUGAUCUUGGCGAGGUCUACCGACAGCACAUGCGUUGGAAGCUCAACCUCCCCCGCGUCAAGCCUUUCUAUGCCGUCAAGUGCAACCCCGAUCCCAAGGUCCUUGAGCUCCUUGCCGCUCUCGGCACCGGAUUUGACUGCGCCUCCAAGUGGGAGGUCGAGCAGAUUAUCAAGAUGGGCUUGGCCUCCGAACGUAUCAUCUACGCUCAGCCUUGCAAGACCAAUUCGUACGUUCGUUACGUCAAGGCCCAUGGCGUCAAGCAGAUGACGUUCGACAAUGCCGACGAACUAUACAAGAUUGCGAAGCUUUACCCCGAAGCUGAGCUGUAUCUGCGCAUCAUGACCGACGACGAAUCCAGCCUCUGCCGCCUGAGCAUGAAGUUCGGCGCUGCAAAGGAGCACACGAGUGGCCUCCUCUCCGUCGCCAAGGAUCUCGGACUCAACGUCGUCGGCGUCAGCUUCCACGUCGGUUCCGGUGCUUCCGACCCCAUGGCGUUUUACAAGGCUGUCUAUGAUGCCUACGAAGUCUUCGAGCAGGGUCGUGCAUACGGCUUCAAUCUGAAGGUUCUCGACAUCGGCGGCGGAUUUUGCGGUGACACGUUUGAGGAUAUGGCGGCUGUUCUCCGCGAAGCCCUGGAUGAGUACUUCCCGCCCAGCAGCAACGUCAGCAUCAUCGCGGAGCCCGGACGCUACUACGUCUCCUCGGCGUUCACCAUUGCCUGCAACGUCAUUGCCCGUCGUACCGUCGAAGACCCCACGGCCCGGGACAACAAGAGCUACAUGGUCUAUGUCAACGACGGUCUCUAUGGCAACUUCUCGAGCAUCAUGUUCGACCACCAGCAUCCCGUUGCCAAGGUCCUGCGCACCGGCAAGAGCACCUUGUAUGACCUCCCAUCGGCCAAUGCCUGCCCCGAGGGCCAGGGAGUACGCUACUCGGUGUGGGGACCCACCUGCGACGGCAUUGACCGGAUCACGGAGAGCAUCUCCUUCGAACACGAGCUCGACGUCGGCGACUGGCUUUACUUCGAAGACAUGGGCGCUUAUACCAAGUGCUCCGCCACCAAAUUCAAUGGCUUCUCCGACGAACAUGACGUCAUCUAUGUAUGCAGCGACCCUGGGGCCAAGGCUCUUCUUGGUCUUUAG